GGCCUCUCUGUGUAGAAGUCAAUAAGAUUCAAUUUUAUGGGCAAAUCCCCUCCUAUCAACACAAUCACGCUACAAAAUCUCGUGAGAACCUCGAAAUCCUUAAAACCAGCGUCCCAAUUUCGCAAGGAGAAGUCAAAGAACAUGGAGAGCAGCAGCCGCGCUGACAGAGAUGAGAGAAGUAGCAGCAACGCUACUCGGGUGCCGCUGUCGGAGAUUGUAUCGGAUUGCGUAAAGCGGUGGUUCAAAGACACGCUUAAAGAAGCCAAAGCUGGGGAUAUCAACAUGCAGGUCUUGGUGGGUCAGAUGUAUUACAGUGGUUAUGGCGUUCCCAGAGACGCCCAAAAGGGGAGAAUUUGGAUGACGAGAGCAUCAAGGACUAGAUCCUCAGUUUGGAAAGUCAGUGAUAAGCGUCCAGGUUAUAAUGCCAGUGACUCAGAUUCAGAUGAGUUGAAGGGUGAUUCUUAGCAAGAUAAGAUUAAUGUUCAUGCACUGAAAGUUUGAAAUGGCCAAAACUUCAUCUCAUUUUUUUUUGCUGUUGCUCUUAUUGAGGAUUUUGCUUGGUUAGAUGAAUGGUUGGAGAGGAAAAUUUGACAGUCGUUCACAUGAUUUAUUCUCUAAGUAUGGGACAAGCCAAACUAUGAUUGUUUGUUGUGUGAACAGGUUUUGUUUUGCCUUGAAUACCAUACUUUAUUCAAGCAGUAAGAUGAGAAUCACCCCAAGUCACUUGGUGAAAUGAGGGCAAUUCUCCCAAUUUCACUUAUAGUUCUUGCAGUAUGGCACAGUUUAUCUGUACUUUCCCCAUAAAUAUAUGUAAUCAUUUUUAUGUAAGUUCCAGUGCUCUGUGAUCUCUCUGUCUUGAGAAUCUGCUUUCUUCGACGAACACUCCUUCAUGAUCUCAUUUUUGUUGUGUUAAAACUUUUUGCAAAAGAGGGGGGAUUGUGCUAUUUUUUAAUGAUGAUAAAGCUCUCUCAUUUAUAGGUUGAGAGAGUGAUAGUGAAAUUUGAAAUUUCA